GGCAGGAAGGGUUAGGAGUCGGGCUACGCCAUCGAGGCGUGUGCGCGGCGCCCAGGGAGGCGUUGCGGGGGCUGGCGGAGCUGCGGCGAGGGUGGGAGCCGGCGCCGGGGGGUGCUAGGUGCAGCUGCUGGCCUGUCUCUGCAGCCGGAAGGAAAUAGCAGCAGGAGGAGGCGCCUCGGAACUUGCAGCCGGGCCAGGCGCCCUCUCUUCGCUCCUCUCCUCCGCUGCUCCGGUGCGAGCCGCCACCGCCGGAGACCAUGAGCCUGAACGAGCACUCGAUGCAGGCGCUGUCCUGGCGGAAGCUCUACCUGAGCCGGGCCAAGCUGAAAGCCUCCAGCCGCACCUCCGCGUUACUCUCAGGGUUCGCGAUGGUGGCUAUGGUGGAGGUUCAGCUAGAAAGAGAUUAUCCCUAUCCUCCAGGUCUCUUGAUAGCUUUCAGUGCCUGUACUACUGUGCUUGUUGCUGUUCACCUCUUUGCUCUCAUGAUAAGUACCUGCAUUCUUCCAAAUAUAGAGGCUGUUAGUAAUGUGCACAAUCUCAACUCUGUAAAGGAGUCUCCGCAUGAGCGUAUGCACCGGCACAUUGAGCUCGCCUGGGCAUUUUCCACUGUCAUUGGGACUUUGCUCUUCCUUGCAGAGGUGGUGCUGCUCUGUUGGGUGAAAUUUCUUCCACAAGGGACGCCUCGUAUUGAACCAGUCCGUGACAAUUGUACCAUCACCCCAGGAGCAGGAACAGCAGCAGCCAUUGCCUCAACAUCUAUUAUGGUUCCUUUUGGAUUGAUUUUCAUUGUGUUUGCAGUCCACUUCUAUAGGUCACUGGUGAGCCACAAAACAGACAGGCAAUUUCAAGAAUUGAAUGAACUUGCUGAGUUUGCACGACUCCAGGAUCAGCUGGACCACAGAGGCGACACCUUGCCACCUCCUGGCAGCCAUUUUGUAUAAAACUAUAUUUUGUUUAAAAAUCCAUUUUUUUUGCUUCUGCCUUGCUACAUUGACUCGUCCCUGCAUGAACUAGCUGGACUCUUGAUUUAUUUUAAAGAGAGAUUUAUAAAUACUGUACAAAUAUAAAUUUGUAUAAAUACAUUUCUUACAGUAAAAAAAUACCAUGACAUCUUAGACAACCGACAUCUGAAGAGACUGAUGUUGCGGUAUGGCUGCACUGAGCAUGCAUCUCUCAUCCCUCCUCUUAUCAUCUGGAUUGUUUCUUUUUAAUGUUGAAUGGUGAACAUGUCAAUGCAUAAGAGGAAUUACAUUUUAGGCCUCGGUAUAUGUUAGGGGUGGGAGGGAAGACUUAUUUCUCUCUCUAAUGUUGGUGUUGGCUAGAAAAUAUUGCUUGUCCAAUAGAUGUUGCAUGGCACAAUACAAAUUACUUGGGACAUGUAGUAAUUAGCAUUUGGUUUCAGUGCUAGUGCUGUGAUCUCUAAAAGUCUGAUGAAAGGUAAAAUUGAGAGCUUUUCCACCUUCCCUUUUCCCACUAGCUCCCCCAAUCAUGUUUUUCUGCCAAGUAAUUAUUACUUUACUAAUUUCUAUAGGGCCUUUUGCCAUGGCAGCUAUAAAUUCUUACUCUCCAGAUACCCAUGACCAGUCCUAUUGUAAUGUGGUAUGAUCUGCAUCUGUAGGACUGAAGCCCUAACUUUACUCUUCUUUUGGGAAGAAAAUAUAGAAAAAAGCAAUACCUGCUUUAACGUUCAUGGGAGCAGAUAUGUUAUCAGAAGUGAUAAAAUUGCCUGUUUUCAUUGAGGAAACAUUUUAAAAAUUAAAAAUAGAUGGAGAAACUAUCACUCGAUUUUAUUGUCUUCCUUGAAAACUUGCUAUUAAUGGCUUUUCUCUAGCAAUAACAUACACUGGUAUAGAUUUAACCACAGUAGAACUACUGCUGUGGUUCCAAACCAAUAUAGCAAAUAUUUUAUACUUUUUAUAUAUUUUUGAAUAAAUUCUCAGAUACAAAUGAUAAAAGGUGUUUUGUCUGUGUGGGAAUUCCAAGUAAUUAGCUGUACCUUGAUCUUGUUUGGUAGAAAAAUCUUCUACUUCCUCAAAUAUUGUAUUUAAGAUAUUAAAAUCUUAAUUACACUUGAUUUUUGCUUCCAAUGUUGUGGAAGACCACUUAUUGCCAUAUAGACUUAUUUAUGAAAACAAAUGAUUUUUAUUUUAAGAAGUAGUAUUGCUUCUUAAUUGUAAGACGUGCAUCUUUUAUUGAAUGAAGCUGCUGUUUUAGCCUCAAGCUACUGUGUCAAAUUCGAACUUCUUCCUCAAGCAAAAACUGACACUUGACAAGGAUUAUAGGAUUUGGCUUCAACUCCUUCGGAAUUUGUGUGACUCUAGAUACAUUAAAAAGUGAAUUGUGGCUUUUGGGCAGGGCUUCUCCUACCUUCACUAAAGGAUGGAAAUGGGUGGGUUAGUUGGUGAAAAAGCUCUUUGAACCCAGAAAGUACCAGUUUCUGAUAUAAAGAACAGGAGUACUUGUGGCACCUUAGAGACUAACAAAUUUAUUUGAGCAUAAGCUUUCGUGGGCUACAGGCCACUUCAUCUGAUAUGUUAGGCUCCCAUGGAACUGGGAUCUCAGUUCGUAACUGCUAAUAUAGAAUGUAAUCUUGUAAUUUUGUGAUGGAGGUAACAAAUUCAGUUGUGGCCUAAUCGGAGCUAUGCCUCUUUGACUUCAAGUGAAGCUGUGCAUGCUUAUGCCUACACUGAAUGUACUCAAUUAUACCUGGCCUCUUUACCAGAUGAAUUCAACAUGCUUUACAAAUGAAGGUCCUAAUUUUGCAAACACUGGCUCCUGAGGGUAGUACUUAUUGUCAUUAGUAGGCCCACUUGCAUCAAUGCAACUGACUUAUUAGCGCAAACACUGUAGGAGCAGGAUUUUAUAAUUGUACUAUGAGAAUUUGAUUUUAUCCUGCCAGCCACACUUUUUGAAUAGCAGAAAGAAAUGACAGACCAAGACAACUAAUUAUGGUCACCCUUUUGUUUUAGGAUAAGUUAUAAUGUCUACUAUGGUUUCCUAUAUGUAUUACAAAUUUGGCACUCUAGUUAAAUAUACAUUUCU